UAUGUCCGAUCCGGAACGCAAAACACUAGCGUCUUAACAUUUGUUUCCACACGAACAAGUUUACAAUUCAUUACGCAGCGGCGAUGGCAACUCUGCGGACGGCACUCCAUGGACGGUUCAUUCAAGCCCUCCCCUUCUCUUUGGGGUCGUUGCGGUUCGCCAGCUCGUCGUUCAAGGCCGCAGACUUGACGAUCGAGCACAGCACCGCCCUGCAGCCCAAGCCGGAUCCCUCCACCCUGCUGUUUGGGAAGCAGUUCUCUGACCACAUGCUCACCAUCUUCUGGUCUGAGAAAGAGGGCUGGAAGGCUCCACACAUCAAGCCCUUCCAGAACCUGUCCCUCCACCCAGCCAGCUCCGCCCUGCACUACUCUAUAGAGCUGUUUGAGGGCAUGAAGGCGUUCCGAGGCGUUGACAAGCACAUCAGGCUGUUCAGACCCAUGCUGAACAUGGAGAGGAUGUACCGCAGUGCUGACAGGAGCUGCCUGCCUCUGUAUGACAAGGCAGAGAUGCUGGAGUGCAUCAGGAAGCUGGUGGAGGUGGACCAGGAGUGGGUGCCCUAUUCUCUCGACGCCAGCCUCUACAUCAGACCCACCUUCAUCGGGAUCGAGCCUUCUCUGGGUGUGUCUAGAGCCAGCCAGGCUCUGAUCUUCGUCAUCCUGGGCCCCGUGGGGCCCUACUUCACCACCGGCUCCUUCAGCCCCGUCUCCCUGCUGGCCGACCCCGGCUACGUCCGCGCCUGGAGGGGUGGGGUGGGCGCCUACAAGAUGGGGGGGAACUAUGGCCCUACGAUCGCCGUGCAGAAUGAGGCCAACCAGCAGGGCUGUCAGCAGGUGCUGUGGCUGUACGGCGAGCAGGAGGAGAUCACUGAGGUCGGCACCAUGAACCUCUUCAUCUACUGGACCAAUCAGGACGGAGAGAAAGAGUUGCUGACCCCUCCUCUCGACGGCAUCAUUCUCCCAGGAGUCACCAGACAGUCCCUGCUGGAUCUGGCCCGACAGUGGGAUGAGUUCAAGGUGACGGAGCGGACCAUGACCAUGCGGGAGCUGCUGGGGGCGCUGGCGUCCGGCCAGGUGCUUGAGGUGUUCGGGGCGGGGACCGCGUGCGUGGUGUGUCCUGUCGGCAGCCUGCUGUACAAGGGGAAGACCUACCACAUCCCCACCAUGCAGAACGGGCCUGACCUGGCCAAGAGAUUCCACAAGGACCUGACUGACAUACAGUAUGGACGAAACGCGAGUGACUGGGCACCUCUGGUUAUCUGAUUGGCCACUUGCACACACCAAUCACACCAAACCAGCCCUCCGUCUUCCCUGUUCAAGACCAGCAGCUUCUCCUCCAACCAUAACUGCAGUCCCACAAGCUGACCCCACGGUGGACACCUGCUGCUCUUGGACAUGCCUCCGUUUGUUUCUGUCUUCUGUCCAGAAAGAUACUUCUGCUCAUCAUCAAUAAGUAACGCUGGAUCUGCAAUGUUACAAAAUGACUGUUUCCCAAACCUAAUGUAGUCUGUCAUAGUACUUCUGAUGAAGGUAAUACUGUUUUCCUGGUUUAUUUCAUCGUCUGGUCACCUCAAAUAAGAGAUCUAGAUCUAAGAUCUUCGUUGAUGCUGUUUGAAAGAUCAAACACUACAGUACACUAGCCAGCCUCCAUGGUCGUUCCUGCAGAUAGGCACAAAUAUAUAUUUUAUUAUAAAAACACAAACAGCUGUUGAAACGAAAGCAGCUAUUUGUUCCUUUUGUUGAUCGUGUUCGUGAUUUGGAUCAUUUGCUAAACUAACAAGCUUUUUACCGUGCUUCUCAUAUGACCUGUUAACCCUUGUCCCUGGCUGACUGCGUCCAAGCUGUUCCGUGUUUAACCGUCGACAGACGAUUUGGAUCUGUACCAAGUGACUGGAGCAGGGUCAGGGACGUAGCUGUAGAUUGAGGAUGGCAGAUUCUACGUUGAUAAAGUGAUGCCUGAGGUGCUUUUAACUAUUUCAUAGAUCAGGAGAUUCCUGCUUCAUUGUGUCGUUUGACUUCAGAAGGGGCGUUUGGUACUAAAUUGAACACAGGAAACAUGUGUUUGUCAGAUCAGAAAGAGGCUGAUGAGAAGAUAUUGUUCUGGAAUUGAGAUUGAGAUUAAAGAGAAGUGAGUUUUAGGUGAGCUCAUGCACGCACAAAGCUAGAGGGUUGUUACACUGUGGAGGGGAGUCUCUUCUGAAGAGAGGAAGAACCUCUGCAUCCUGGAUGCUGGCAGGAACUCUGCACUAGGACCUGGGUCAUCGUCAUGGGAACAGUACUUGUCUUUGUUUUCAAUUUUUGUCUGGUUUUUAAUUUAUUGUUUUCCUGGCGUUGGAUAUGCAUUUAAUCUCUAGUCUUCCCAUGUAUUUGCUUGUUUCUAUCGGAUUCACAGUAUAUCCAGCUUUGUGUCGUUGUUCGGAUGGUGAUGAAUUCCUCACUCUGAAUGUACAGUAUUAUGGCACCACUCCAUAUGCCUGUCCUUCAAGUGCCUGACCUGUAGGGUGUCCAGUUGGCCUCCGCUCUGACUGCUCCAGGACUGGAUCCUCUACAGAAUCGUUUGUAUUUUUAAGUUGUAUUGUGGGAGUUAGUUCUUCUGUAUUUUUGCUGUUACUGUAUUUUUACAAUAAAUGUAUUUGGUGUUUCAGUA